GAUUUGAAUGUAAACAAAUUUCUCUGUUAUCAAAUCAAAGAUAUAAGAAUAGGUAUACACUAUUAACUAUAUAUCACCAAUGCCUGAUAUAGAUUCUGAGGAAACGAACCAACAGAAUGUCAACAACAUCAAUGCUAUAAAUAACGAACAUCAACCUAACGACACACUGAACGAGAAUGAACCAAAUCAAUUUACUAAUGAUGAUAACGAAGAUCCACACCUUGAUUCACCCCCUAAAAGUAUAAAUCAUGGUGAUGAUGUCAGUAGUAAUGAAGGUGAUGAACAUUCCCAAUCAACACCUGAGUUCAAUAACAAGAGAAUCAUUUUACAAAGAUAUACCGUAUACAAUUCGUUAACUACUAUGUAUAUUGUGGGGAGUAAUGCUAAAGAAACUUUGUUUAGAAUCUUGGAGAUCAGUAAAGAUACAGUAAAUGAAGAUGAAUUAAUGAUUCUAGAAGAUAAGAGUUAUUUUUAUACAAGGAAAGAUAUGGUGGAACUUUUAAAUGGAUUAGACGAAUCAAUUGAAGGUGGGGUUCAUAAAAUUGCUCAAGGAUAUGGUCUUCUUGGAUUUAUAAGAUUCACUAAAGAUUACUAUUUAAGUAUAAUUACAAAGUGUAGUCAAGUGGCUAUACUAGGAGGUCAUUUAAUCUACCAUAUUGAUGAAACUAAAUUGAUUCCCUUGGAAAUUAAUUAUAAGAGACCAGCAAAAUAUAGUGAUGAAGAAAGAUUACUUUCAAUUUUCAAAUACUUAGAUCUUGGAAAGACAUUUUAUUUCAGUUAUGCUUAUGAUGUUACCAAUUCUUUACAAACCAAUUUCAUGAGACAUAAACAAGCAGCAACAGAGUAUAAUUUAAAUCAACCAGCUUCUAACAUUAAUGAAAAUUUUAAAACAUUUGAUCAUAAUGAGAGAUUUGUGUGGAAUAAUGUCUUACUUAAACCAGUCCUUGAAAAUCAAGAUAUAGCCACAUAUGAAUGGUUCCAACCAAUAAUUCAUGGUUUUAUUGAUCAAGCGAAAAUAUCAGUUUAUGGGAAAUGUUUCUAUAUAACAAUCAUUGCCAGACGUUCACAUCAUUUUGCUGGGGCUAGAUUUUUAAAAAGAGGUGUAAAUGAUAAGGGAAAUGUGGCCAACGAAAUAGAAACUGAACAGAUUGUAUCAGAUAUGUUAUUAUCUUCAUUUCAUGAUCCAAAAUAUGGCUUUUAUAAUAGUCCCCGAUAUUCUAGUUUUGUACAACAUCGUGGAUCUAUCCCAUUAUACUGGACUCAAGAUUUGAAUCGUUUACCAAAACCACCUAUAGAGAUUAAUCUUUCAGAUCCAUUCUAUCAAAGUUCAGCCAUUCAUUUUAAUAAUCUAUUUGAAAGAUAUGGACUGCCAGUUAUAAUAUUGAAUUUAAUAAAGCAAAAGGAAAAACAACCACGAGAACUGAAAUUAAAUCAACAUUUUGUUAAUUGUAUCAAAUACUUGAAUCAAUUUUUACCUGCCGAAAACAAACUUCGUUAUUAUAGUUUCGAUAUGUCAAAGAACUCAAAGAAAAAUUUAGAUGUCAUAACGCCUUUACAAUCAAUAGCUGCUGAAUCCAUCAAAACUAUUGGAUUUUUUCAUAACGGGCAUGAUCUAGAAUCAACUAAACUUCAGACAGGUAUAAUAAGGACAAAUUGUAUUGAUUGCUUGGAUAGAACUAAUGCCGCUCAAUUCAUUACUUGUAAAGAGGCGCUUACAUAUCAAUUAAGGAGUUUAGACUUGAUUCCUCAAGAUAAAACUUUAGAAUAUGAUUCAGAUUUGAUAAAUAUCCUUACAGAAAUAUUUCAUGAUCAUGGUGAUACAAUCGCUGUACAAUAUGGUGGUUCAAAUUUGGUUAAUACAAUGGAUUCAUAUCGUCGUAUCAAUCAAUGGUCAUCUCAUACGAGAGAUAUUUUAAACAGUGUUAAGAGAAUAUAUUCAAACUCUUUUAUGGAUCUGAUAAGACAAGAGGCUAUUAACCUUUUUCUUGGAAAUUAUAUCUAUUCGCCUGAUAAGCCCAAAUUAUGGGAAUUACAAAAUGAUUUCUAUUUACAUAAUGAUAUGUCAAUUGAUAAUAUAAGGAAAAAGGUAAGUUAUAUCCAAUGGUUCAAUAAAAAAUAUCUUUCUGACCAAAGGUUCAAAUAUAUUGAAUCACCUAAUCCUUCUCCAAAUAUAUAUUGGGAUGAAAGUUGGAAGCUUGAACCUUUCCCAGAUUAUAAUGAUAACUGGUUUAAUGAAUGUUACGUACCAAGAAAAUUCACGUCGUUUGCUGAUGUAUUGCAAUUUAAGAUGAAUUCGAAUGCUAGAUAUUUCCCUACAAAUUUGAGUCUUGAGUCUUUCGAUUACAGUCCAUUUGAACCUCGUCUUCCUAAGAAUGGUGAUGAAAGCGCCAACAAAGAAGCUUUAAAUGGUGAAUCAAACUUGAGAUAUUUAGAUAAAUGUGCUGCGGGAGAAUUAACUGAUACAAGCAGAAAACGGAUCGAGAAUUCUGAAGAAGUUCAAAGAUAUGAUAUGCGUAAUAAUAAGCAUUAUCUACACAUGACCCAUCCAAAUAAGAUCAAAAAGUUCUUAGCCAACAAAAUAGAAAGAUUUGCAUACAAUAAUGAUUCAUUGCGAGGUGAUAUAAAUGACAAUUCGAGUACCUGUGCUGAUUCCCAAGACCUGCGUGAAGAAGACUCAACCUAUGGCUAUUAUACUUUCAGCGACCAUUACCAUAAUGAAUUAACCAAGCCUACGAUAAGAGAAGAAGAUUAUCUACUUUACAAAGCUCAGCCAAGUUUCCAACCCAAGAUAAGCUAUGAUUAUGACGAAGAAAAGGUUAACACUGAUGCGUUUUCGUUUUAUCCAACUUCAAAUGAUAGCGACAUUUACAAUUUUUAUUGUAAUUUAGUCUCCAACUCUAAUCAAACAGGAGAAAAUUUUGAUAAUGGGGUUAAUAUUUCGCAAUUACAAUAUCAUGAUGCUCAAGAUCUCAGAAUUUAUUCUCAGUAUUUGGGAAUUGACGACGAGAAGCUUAUAUCCUUAAAUACAGAAGAUAACUAUUUUAGAUAGAUUUCAAAACACUCUAAUAUAUAUAUAUCUCAGCGACUAUUUUUUCUUUUUCCAAAUUUCUAUUUUUUUUUUUUUUUCCAAAUUUGUUAUAUAUUCUUACUCUAAAAUACUAUAAAACUAUAGAAUUUAUAUAAAGAGAAAGUAUAUAA